CGUAUAUGUUGUCUGUCUAAGUCAUGUGACUAAUUCAAAAUGGUGGCCAAAAUUUUCUGAAAACAAACUUUUCCAAUAAUCUGACGCGUAUUCCCUAUUCAUCGAUAAUUCAUAUAUUAUUAGGAAUCUAACUAAGAAAUAACCAUGAGUGAAUUUUGGUUGAUAUCCGCCCCAGGCGAUAAAACCUGCCAAAUGACAUGGGAUCGAAUGAACAUGGCUACUACAAAACAGAACAACCUUUCCCUCAACACAAAAUUCCAUAUGCCAGAUUUGAAAGUUGGGACAUUAGAUGUUCUUGUUGGUCUAUCCGAUGACCUUGGUAAACUAGACACCUACUGUGAAGGUAUUGCUAGAAAGGUAUCUGCUUACCUUGGAGACGUUCUUGAAGAAAAUAAAGAUAAACUACAAGAAAAUCUUCUAGCAAAUGGAAUGGAUCUAGCAACUUACCUGACUCGCUUCCAAUGGGACAUGGCCAAGUACCCAAUAAAGCAGUCGUUAAAGAACAUAUGUGAUAUCAUAAGCAAGCAAGUCAACCAAAUAGACCAAGAUUUAAAACAGAAGGCUAGUGCAUAUAAUAACCUAAAGGGCAACCUGCAAUCGCUGGAGAGGAAGGCUACUGGUAACCUACUCACCAGGAAUCUGGGGGACCUCGUCAAGAAAGAAGACUUCGUACUUGGCUCUGAGUACCUAACUACACUCCUCGUUGUCAUUCCUAAAAUGAACGUAGAUGAUUGGUUCAAUUGUUAUGAGAAACUAACAGACAUGGUGGUACCAAAGUCAUCCAGGAUUGUCUUUGAAGAUAAUGAGAGUGCUUUGCUGAAUGUGACUUUGUUUACAAGAGUUGUGGAUGAAUUCAAGCACCACUGUCGGGAGAAAAAAUUCAUUGUGCGUGACUUUGUCUAUAACGAGGAAGAACUGGCUGCUGGGAAAAAUGAACUCACCAAAUUAGCCUCCGAUAAAAAGAAGUCAUUUGGUCCAUUAGUUCGCUGGCUUAAGGUCAAUUUCAGUGAGGCAUUUACUGCCUGGAUACAUGUUAAAGCACUCAGAGUUUUUGUAGAGUCAGUAUUAAGGUAUGGUCUGCCUGUGAACUUCCAAGCCAUGUUACUGAGGCCCCACAAGAAAAGUCAGAAGAGACUUCGUGAAGUGCUCACACAGCUUUACAGUCACUUGGACAACUCUGCAUACUCAGCUGUGGGACUAGAGGGCACUAUGGAUAUCCCUGGUCUGAACAUGAUCCAAGGCGACUAUUACCCCUAUGUCUACUACAAACUCAAUAUAGACAUGUUAGAGAGCAAAUUCUAG